AUGGUGCGCGGCGAGCUCUCACGAUCCAUAUGGUCAGCCACGGAAGGCCUGUUUAGCGGAGCGCGACCACAGUGCACGCGGACGAUGCGAUUACCGUACAGGAGUCUGCAGCCGGCAGCGCGCUUCAUCUCGACUACCCCGUCGCGGAGCGCUGAAAUCACAAGCGAGAACCCCGAAUUGACGCCAGAUUCGUUCACUGCUGCACCUGAGUUCGAAUUUGAUAUGGAAGGGGAGGGUGAGAGCGAAGUGAAGGUAAUGAGGAAUGUUGACAAGGGGAAGAGCAACAACCAACUACUCCGCACCCUGCGUGUCGUCCCGGCGUCUCGAUCGUACUUCAGCGCAAAACCGACCUUCAACGAUGAUUUCAUCCAUGUCUCCGCUCUCCUCCGCAGUGUUGCUACACUACCUACCAUACCGAACUCCGAGGCUCCCAGAGUGGCAUGGAAGACUGUUGACCAAUACCGCAUCAUGACAAACGAACCUGUCAAGACGCAGCGAUUCCAUAGGAUGAUGCACCUGGUCAAGAGACUAAACUGCGUACAUCCUUCUCUAAUGCCAGAGCACGUCCGGACCGCAAUGCGACGAUUCAUGAAAGACAGCCAGCCUGGUGACAUCGUGCCUGUUCCUCAGGUUGUAGAUGAGUGGGGCCGAGCCAGAGGAGUUGGUCGCCGGAAGACUUCUUCUGCUGUUGUGUGGCUAGUCGAGGGAGAAGGAGAAGUUCUGGUCAAUGGCAAAUCCUUGUCGCAAUUCUUUGGACGUUUACAUCACCGGGAGAGCGCUGUCUGGGCUCUGAAGGCCACGCAGAGACUGGACAAAUACAACAUGUUUGGAUUAGUUCAAGGCGGAGGAUCCACAGGCCAAGCGGAGGCGUUGACACUGGCUGUUGCAAAGGCAUUGAUGGUCCACGAGCCAGCCCUGAAGCCAGCUUUGCGACGCGCUGGCUGCGUUACUCGAGAUCCAAGGAAGGUGGAGAGGAAGAAGACGGGUCAUAUCAAGGCGCGCAAGAUGCCCACCUGGGUCAAGCGUUAA